UCGCGCUGACUCAAACAUAGAGAGAAUCAAAGCUUGGCCGCCCGUUCAUUCUUCUUAAUAUUACGCUUUCAAAAGCUUCAAACUUGCUUUGUUUUCCAAGCUUGAUUCUGGGUUCUAGGGUUUGUAUUACUCUACUUAUUCUGAGUUUUGUGUGUUUUUUUUCCUUGGCAUUCAAAUUUUAAAGGUUGAUAUGAACGGGGAGGAGUUGACAGAGCAGGAGACUGCUCUUUAUGAUCGACAAAUUAGGGUUUGGGGUGCUGAUGCUCAAAGAAGAUUGAGCAAAUCUCAUAUACUAGUUUAUGGAAUGAAAGGGACUGUUGCUGAGUUUUGCAAGAACAUUGUACUGGCAGGAGUUGGUAGUGUGACAUUGAUGGAUGACCAUGCAGUUACCGACUCAGCUUUGUCCGCAAAUUUUUUGAUACUGCCUGAUGAAAAUCUGUCCCAUGGGAAAACUCUUGCUGAGGCCUGUUGUGAUUCUUUGAAAGAAUUCAACCCCAUGGUUCAUGUUUCUGUAGAAAAAGGUGACAUAUCAACAUUCGGUGUUGAAUUCUUCGAAAAGUUCGAUGCUGUGGUCAUAAGUUGCUGCUCUCUUGCAAAAAAAAAAUUGAUCAAUCAGAAGUGCCGGAAGUUACCCAAGCGUAUAUCAUUUUAUACCGUGGACUGUAGAGGCUCUUGCGGUGAAAUAUUUGUUGAUUUAAAGAACUAUAAAUAUUCAAAGAAAAAGCUCGAGGAAACCAUUGAAUGCCAACUAGAAUACCCGAGCUUUGAGGAUGCCAUUGCAGCCCCUUGGAAAGCACUUCCGAAGAGAGUGUCAAAGCUUUACUUUGGUAUGAGAGUGAUAGAGCAAUUCGAAGAUAUUGAAGGUCGUAAUGCAGGACAAACAUCAAUCGCUGAUCUUCCUGGUGUUCUGAAGCUCAGAAAGGAACUUUGUGAAACAAAUUCAGUGAACGAGUCUCAGGUACCCGAUGCACUCCUAGAAAGACUGCUAAUAGGUACAAGUGAGUUCCCUCCAGUUUGUGCCGUCAUUGGAGGAAUCCUUGGACAGGAGGUGAUCAAAGCAAUAUCAGGCAAAGGGGAUCCUCUCAAGAAUUUCUUCUUCUUCGAUGCCAUGGAUGGGAAAGGCUUGAUUGAGGACAUAUCAAAGCCUCGACACAGCUAGCCGAGCCACUUCGAUCGGAGUGGGUACACAAAUUGUAACUUAAUCUUGUAACUUUUCAGCCUCCACCCGCCAACAUUCAUCAACUGAUAUUGUUUCCUAAAACUGAAACUCCGGAAAACUCGAAACUUUUGACCUUACUUAAUGGACUUUGGACGAAGGUUAAGGCUUUAGGGCGUCUAAUCUAUAAUUAUAUUGCCGAAAUUUGCUUAUGUUGCUUCGACACUCGUAUCUUGGACAUAUGGAUAUGAUCUUUUAAGAUUCUAUUUAACGACAAUAUUAGCAUAUACUUGUAU